AUAAUUAUUAUAAUUUUAUUAAUAUUUAUGUUUAUAAUUUCUUUGUUGACUAGUUUUAAGAAAGAAUGAUUGUAUGAAAAAUCUAUAUCUUUUGAAUGUGGAUUUGAAAUUUUAAGUUUAACUCGAGUACCUUUUAGAUUACAUUUUUUUAAAAUUUGUUUAAUUUUUAUUUUUUUUGAUAUUGAAAUUAUUAUUAUUUUACCUAUACCUAUAAUUUUUUAUUAUAAUACUUUUUUUUUCUAUAUAAUUAUUAUAGUAAUUUUAAUUAUUAUAGUAGGUUUAUAUUUUGAAUGAAUAAAUGGGGCUUUAAAUUGAAUUAAAUAG